AUGAUCCUGGCGUCGGAUUCCAGCCAGCCGUUCAAAGUGCUUUCCGUGCCGGAGAAUGCGCCUUUCUCUGCCGUCAUCAAGUUCAGCGCGGAGGAGUUCAAACUCAACCCGAACACCUGCGCGUGCAUCACGAGCGACGGAGUGGGUGUUAACCCAAGCCAGACUGCAGGCGCUGUAUUCCUCAAGUACGGACCGAACCUCAGGCUCAUCCCGAGAGACCGCGUGGGCGCCUGA